AUGCAGAUAUACCCGCAGCAGCAGCAGCAGCAGCAGCAGCAGCAGCAGCAGCAGCAGCAGCAGCAGCAGCAGGAAGAGGAGCUGGGCCCCAGCAGCAGCAUCCUUGUCUCCCCUAUUAUAAAAAUAAAUAACAAAGAAAUAAACCCCGAGGCCCUCAGCAUACAAACCGCCCUUUCUCGCUCUCUUGGGGGUUUCAAGCGUUGUCUAGCGAAUCACCUGGAGAUCGAUCCUUUUUUUUUCCGCGACGAGCCGGAGGAGCUUGAGCAGCAGCAGCAGACAGCAGCAGCAGCAGCAGCAGCAGAACCACCAGCAGCAGCAGCAGCAGCAGCAGCAGCAGCAGCAGCAGCAGAAAGAGGAGACGAUGGUUACGCUGCUCUUGCUGCUGCUGUCUCCAUGCUAGAAAAAGAAUUAGGGAUUCUCUCUGCUACUGAUUUAGUUUUAAAUCACACCGCAAGCAACACCCCAUGGCUUGCUGAUCAUCCAGAAGCAGGGUAUUCGUUGGAUACAUGUCCGUAUCUGCGUGCUGCAUAUGAGCUCGAUGAGGAGUGUAUAGAUGAGCUGCAGCAGCUGCUGCAGCAGGUUAAGGGUUUGCUGCUAGCAGCAGCAGCAGAAUGUGAGUCUGCUGCUGCUGCUGCUAUCGAGGGUUUAGUAAGAUAUGAGAGGUUACACUGCCGCAAGGGAGAGGUAACCCCCACAAACCCUCUGGUUCCCCGCUACUUUACUCUCGUCAAACGCAACAGCAACAGCAGCAGCAGCAGCAGCAGCAGCAGCAGCAGCAGCAGCAGCAGCAGCAGCAAAGAAGAGUUUAUUGCUUUCGCUAACAAUGGAUGGGUUAUGUGUUGGGAUGCUACAAAAGAUUUCGCUGCUGCGGGGUCACUUGUUUAUUUAAAAAGAGAAUUGGUGGUUUGGUCAGACUGUGUUAAACUCAGGUACGGAGAAGGCCCCCAAGACUCUCCUUUUUUGUGGGGUUUGAUGGCUGCUUACUGCCGCAAAACAGCAGAGAUAUUUCCGGCGGUUCGCCUCGAUAACUGCCACUCUACCCCCAUACAUGUUGCUGAAUUGCCUGGUUCUGCUGCUGCUGCUGCUGUUGCUCUAGGUAUUACAUCUGCUGCUCCUCCUGCUGCUGCUGCUGCUGCUGCUGCUGCUAUUGAUGCGGGAGGAGAUACUGUUGCUGCUGCUGCUGCUGCUGCUGCUGCUGCACCUGGAUACGUUCUAUUGCCUAUACCUGUCUCUCCCCCUCCUGCUCUUUUUUAUGAUUGUACACACGACAACGAACCAGCAGCAACGAAGUUUUGUGCUGCAGCAACAAUUACUUUUGCUGCUGCUGCUGCUGCUGUUGCUGCUGCAUGCGGCAGCACAAGAGGGGUAGAUGAACUCGUACCCAGAACCCUUUCUGUCGUCACCGAGCGGAGGUUAUAUAAAGACUAUCACCCUGAGGCCCCUCUCUCUCCCCCCGCAGCAGCAGCAGCAGCAGCAGCAGCAGCAGGGGGAGAAAGAGAGAAAGAGAAAGAGGAUAGUGUUGUUGUUAUGUGGAUAGAAAAAGCAAAUAAUGUAAAAAUAAAAGGAGAAUGGGAUAACUGGAAAGAAGAGAUAGAGAUGCAGAAAGAAGGAGAUAUAUUCAGAGAAGAAAUAGACAAAACAAAAGGAGACAGAAAUGUAUAUAAUAUACCCGGAGGAGGAGAUACAGUGUAUGCGGGGCUGGCGGGUGCAUGCAUAGUAUUGGAUGCAGCACGACAGCAGCAGCAGCAGCAGCAGCAGCAGCAGCAGCAGCAGCAGGAGAAUCAGCCCCCAAUCAAUAAAAACCUCACCGAGGGUUUGUGGCUGCUGCAGUAUACAAUAGAUAGACUCAACGAUACCCCCACGCUGCUGCUGCUGCAGCAGCAGCUGCAGCACACAUGUAAGCUGCUGCAGCAGCUCAAAGGAUACAACUGGAUUCGGCCCUACAUAGUUGAUCGUCUCCUUUCUGGGGUGUAUGCACAGCUCGGUGCUUUGCUGCUGUCUCGCCUACCUGCUGCAGCAGCACUCUUCCCCUUUAAACCACCAGCAGCAGCAGCAGCAGCAGCAGCAGCAGCAGCAGCAGGAGCAGCAGCAGGAGCAGCAGCAGCAGCACAGCAGCAGCAGCAGCAGCAGCAGCAGCAGCAGCAGGAGCAGCAGCAGGAGCAGCAGCAGCAGCAGCAUCAGCAGCAGCAGGAGGACCGUCUAAAUCCGGUUUUUCUCUGUUUCCCUCCGCAGCAGCAACAACAGCAGCAGCAGCAGCAGCAACAACAGCAGCAGCAACAACAGCAGCAACCCCAAGUCUCUCUCCCCUAUCAUCUUCUUCUCUAG